UAGUUAGGCGUCUCAGCCACCGUUUCUUGUCCGUACUGAAGGCUUCUCUGAGGCCAGAGGAAGGGAGAUAAUGUGCUUUUACAUCCAGGAGUGAGUCCCAUUGGUGGCCACAGGACAGGAAGGCCUCUGUUGGGAGGUCAGCUCAAUUGUCAGUUAUUUUCAGCGGUGGCAAAAAUUCAUAUGGGUUUUUUGCAAAUGAAGUUUUCAAUUUUGGAUAAGUAGCCAGAUUCCCUGGAUGGCACAUGCUAUGAACGGCUAUGGCUGGGCUGGAGCCCAGAGUCUGUCUGCUUCCCGUGGGUGGAGGGCGGGUGUCCUGCACCCGCGCCCGGCAGGUCAUCUCCCAGGGGCCGCCACACUUGACUGCGGCCCUUCCGUUUAUCUCCACGGCCGCUGCUUGUUCCAGUAAGGCCUGCCUGUAGCCCUCGAGUCGUGACUGGCUCCCGCAAGAUGUUCCGAUGAAACUCCAGUCGUGCCCAGCGUGAUGGCCUCCGGAGUGACUGGCAGCGUUUCAGUCGCUCUUCAUCCCCUCGUCAUUCUCAACAUCUCAGAUCAUUGGAUUCGCAUGCGCUCGCAGGAGGGGCGGCCUAUGCAGGUGAUUGGGGCUCUGAUCGGGAAGCAGGAGGGCCGAAAUAUCGAGGUGAUGAACUCCUUUGAGCUGCUGUCCCACACCGUGGAAGAGAAGAUUAUCAUUGACAAGGAAUAUUAUUACACCAAGGAGGAGCAGUUUAAACAGGUAUUCAAGGAGCUGGAGUUCCUCGGUUGGUAUACCACAGGGGGGCCGCCUGACCCCUCCGACAUCCACGUCCAUAAGCAGGUGUGCGAGAUAAUUGAGAGUCCUCUGUUUCUUAAGUUGAACCCUAUGACCAAGCACACAGAUCUUCCCGUCAGCGUUUUUGAGUCUGUCAUAGAUAUAAUCAAUGGAGAGGCCACAAUGCUGUUUGCUGAGCUGACCUACACUCUGGCCACAGAGGAAGCUGAACGCAUUGGUGUGGACCACGUGGCACGAAUGACAGCAACAGGCAGUGGAGAGAACUCCACUGUGGCUGAACACCUGAUCGCACAGCACAGUGCCAUCAAGAUGCUGCACAGCCGCGUCAAGCUCAUCUUGGAGUACGUCAAGGCCUCCGAAGCAGGCGAGGUCCCCUUUAACCAUGAGAUCCUGCGUGAGGCCUAUGCUCUGUGUCACUGCCUCCCAGUGCUCAGCACAGACAAGUUCAAGACAGACUUCUACGAUCAAUGCAAUGACGUGGGGCUCAUGGCCUACCUUGGCACCAUCACCAAGACGUGCAACACCAUGAACCAGUUUGUGAACAAGUUCAAUGUCCUCUAUGACCGACAAGGCAUUGGCAGGCGGAUGCGGGGGCUCUUCUUCUGAUGAGAGGGUACUUGAAAGGAUGCAGCACAGGGGUCGGACAGCUGUCGAGAAGAGGGUGCUACACUCCAUUCAGAGAAACCUGUUGCUAAUAAAAGGGGAGCAGCCCCUCCGCACCCCUUCUAGUG